AUCAAAAGGCGGAGGAAUCGUUUCCGACGGACCGGGGAAGAUCGGAGUCUUGGUUUCCCGGGCGCGUUUCGUCCAAGAAGCAGGACGGCGGGCGGAGGGGUGUCGUUGUGGUAGAUGUUGAUGUCGAUGGUGUUGUCGUGACUGCGAAGGCGAUCAAGAUGCUGCCGCCGCAGCGCGAGGAGGAGGACGAAGAGGAGAAGCAGAGACGAGCAUUUUGCGCAAUGCUCAAUACAACGGCCGGUGCCAACCUACUUCGUCAAGAAGUUUUGCUGCUCAUCCCGCUUGAGAGCACCUCCAAAAGGUGUUCUCAAGCGAUACGACGACGUCUCUUUCGAGGUCGAAGCGUUUGCCGGUGACGCCAAUGAUUGUUCGCUCUAGCAGAGACAGCGCAGAGUGCAGGGCGUUGACAGACAAGGGAUGUACAUUCCGAUCUUUCUGCUCCAACGUUAUGAGAAAUUGGUCCCUCAUGAUCGUGAUGCAGCUUUGCAAGUGUUUGGAUAGAAAAUUCAGACUGCCCUCUUGCCCCGAAACGCCCGAGGCAGUUCGAUCAAGAACGUUGGCCCAAUUCUAACGGACGGAAUUUUCCUGCCGCAUUCUUGCUCAGAGGUUCUCCGUAGAGGAUCAGAGAUGUUAAAAAUUGUCCGACCUGGGACCAGACCAGUAUUGAGUUCAGACGUUGGUGACAUUUGAAAGACGGCUUGGCUUUGAUGUUUGCAACUGUCCAGUCGCACUGUCCUUCGUCUCAAUAGAUUGGGUACCAUCUAUGUUUUCUGUGAAGUCAUGAAUAGAAGGGUGGACGAUCACUCGCAGACGUUAGUUGUGAAAGCUCUGCUGCGGUGGGCAGGAAAGCCAGAGGGAGCCUCACGUUCAGGAUCUUGACCAAAUAUCUUGGAGGUUGUCCUUUCUCAAGAUACAGGUGCAACGCCAGGGCACGGUGCUUUGGCAUUCAAUUCUAGUGUGUUUUCCGACCCUGGCGCUGAAUGCGAACCCUUAAAACAGUCACCAAUUCUAUUGGCCUUGUUAUGCUUCGGCGCCUCAAUCUUAAUUGCUCUGGUGUGGCAAGGAUCUACUCACCCAUGUGAGGAUGUGAGGUCUGAACAAGCGAUCUCUUACUCUUCGACUUCACAGUCACUGUCUGGUUGUUUCCAUCGUCCUGUACGCACAAGUUGCUACAAGCAAAUAUCGCCCGGUUUGAACGAAAUGGCCGGUGCCGGUGGGAGUAGCCAUCAGGGGACUGACGCAGACAAGUCCGAUAUUAUCACUCAAGAGAAGGAGCAAGAGAUGCUGUUGAAGAAGAAGUACGGUGGCCUUUGCCCCAAAAAGCCACCUUUGAUAGCCAAAGACAACGAACGUGCGUACUUCGAUUCUGCAGACUGGGCCCUUUGUAAGCAAGGAUCAUCUCACCAGCUCCAGCACCAAAGAAGUCAUAUGGAGUCUCUUCCACCGAAACUUCAGCCCACCCCUCAUCAACAGCUUCCGGCGAGAAGAGCGUCAUACGUUCCUCCGGGUUCUGAAGCUUUCAGACAGAUAGAAGAGUGUGAAAGAAAAAGACGUGCUGUCUCCAUGAGUGUCAAACCUGAAUCCUGUGGCCCUACAUCCUCAUUGAAUGGAAAAGCUCCGCAGUAAGUUCGGUGCGAUUGACCGAUGGACCAGCUCCGUCAACUGAGACAAACAAACGCAAUUAUGCAAGAUGUAUCUUCGAAGGACUGAAACAACCCAGAUUGACGGAUGCAUUUAGGAACAUCGCUCUCGUUGGAUAACAUUCAUCAAUCCGCAACUAAGAUGCAACAUCUAAAACUAACUGAGACAUGGCAGGCUGCACCACUUGUGAUGAGGAAGAUGUGCCAGCGCACGCUCUGAGUGAAGUCUCGGAUGAUGGAAUAUGAUUACGGUUCGUAUUACAAAGCAGAGAGAUGAAAAAACUUCCUGCCAGAAUUAGUACUGGAAAAGGAGACGUCUGCAGUGGGAUUCACAUCCAUCUUUGCCUCUGAAGAUAGCUACCAAGGUUUCCACUCUCUACACUAGACCGAACCAGAUAAUCAACACAUGCAGUUACUACUCAGCUUCCGGGGAAGAAACAAAGCGAACAGAUUGUUUCCACCAGACUUAAAUGUGAUGGAAAGCUGACAGCGACGCGAAUCAUUCGUAUGAACAAGAAGCACGUAACUUGAACUUGCAUCACGAGUUUGUCCACCAUCUAUACAAACGAUCGGAAACAACUGCAAGGGCGGAUAUCUUCCACCGUAAUAGGUAGCAAGCAUAUUCUGAACUCAUCGUAGCCUGGUUAGAGAAGUAAUACAAGCAAGGACUAACUUCGAAAUUUUCCUUGAUAAGGAAUUGUAUUCACUGACCAUGACCAGACAUCAUGACAUCCUCAACACAAAUGUUUAGCUGAAAGCACUCAAUCCGUGCAUCACUUUGUAUAUAUUGACAUGGAUAUCCAAUUUCGAUUGUCUAG